AUGUCUUCAUCAAACUUCCUACUUUUCUCUCUAACUCUACUAAUCAUCAUACUCUCCCCCACACCCUAUUUUACUUCUGCUUCUUUAGAGGAAGCUAAUGCUCUUCUUAAAUGGAAAGCAAGCCUUCAAAUCCCAAAAAACUCCUUGCUCUCUUCAUGGAUUCCCUUCCCUUUGAAUUCCAGUGCAUCAGUUCCAUGCAGUUCUUGGUUUGGAGUAGUUUGCAAUGCUGAUGGGAGCAUUCAGAAGUUGAACCUCACAUCAUUUGGAUUAAUGGGUACGCUUCAUCGAUUUUCAUUCUCUUUGCUACACAAUCUUACACAUUUUAAUCUCAGUCUAAACAACUUAUAUGGCCCCAUCCCACCAGAAGUAAGACACUUGUCCAAACUUGUAUAUCUUGACGUUUCAUUGAACAAGUUUUCUGGAGUAAUCCCACCAGAAAUAGGAAACCUGCACCAGCUAACCAUCUUGUCCUUAUACUCGAACAAUAUCUCUGGUCCCAUUCCUAUUGAACUUGGCAAUUUGAAGUCUCUCACUCAUCUUGUGGUGUACAAAAAUCAACUUAGUGGUUCUAUUCCUUCAUCAUUGGGUAAUUUGACAUCUUUGAAUCUCCUUAAUUUGUACCAAAAUCAACUCUCUGGCCCCAUUCCUGUUGAACUUGAGAAUUUGAAGUCUCUUGUUGAGCUUGACGUGACUGAAAACCAACUUACUGGUUCUAUUCAUUCAUCAUUGGGUAAUUUGACAUCUUUGAAUCUCCUUAAUUUGUACCAAAAUCAACUCUCUGGUCCCAUUCCUGUUGAACUUGGGAAUUUGAAGUCUCUCACUGAUCUUGAGGUGAGCAUCAAUCAGCUUAGUGGUUGUAUUCCUUCAUCAUUCGGUAAUUUGACAUCUUUGAAUUUCCUUUAUUUGGACCAAAAUCAACUCUCUGGUCCUAUUCCUCCUGAACUUGGGAAUAUAAUGUCUCUUGUUGAUCAUGUGGUCCCAUGCCGGCCAAGCUUGGGAAAUUUCACUUAUCUUGUGGUGUACUACAAUCAACUUAGUGGUUCUAUUCCUUCAUCAUUGGGUGAUUUGACAAAUUUGAAUGCCCUUUAUUUGGACCAUAAUCAACUCUCUGGUCCCAUUCCUAUUGAACUUGGGAAUUCGAAGACUCUCACUCAUCUUUUGGUGUACAACAAUCAGCUUAGUGGUUCUAUUCCAUCAUCCCUAGCAAACCUCAGCAACCUACAGUGGCUAACCCUAGAUCCCAAAGGAGUUUGGGAAGAUGAAAAGUAUAUACCUCUAGAGCUUGGAUUUUGUGAACUCCUUGAAGUACUGGAUCUAUCCAAAAACAGAUUGAAUGGGUCAAUUCCAAGAAGUAUCGGUCAAUGGGAACAAAUCCACUACUUGAAUCUUAGUAAUAACAAACUCAGUGAGAAAAUUCCAUCCGAGAUUGGUAAAUUAGUUCAUCUUACCGAACUUGAUUUAUCUCAUAAUUUUCUCACGAAAGAGAUACCAUCUGAAAUUUCAAAGUUUGCAGAGUUUGCAAAAAUUGGAUCUUUCUCACAAUAG